GCGCGCCCUCCUAUUGGCCCAGGCUGCAAGUGAUGGCAUGGGAACGUCAGCGCGAGCGGUGGACCACGUGGGCGCUCCCUCUCGCUACAAGAGGACGCGGGCGCUGUGGUGGACACCGACGGCUGGUACCCCAGGGGUCUGCACAGCGGCUUGUGCUCCUCCAGGAUUACAAGACUUUUCCUCCAAAUAAUGACAGUCCAUUGACUGAUAGACUGCAGCAAACUCAAAACCUAGGAGAAGAAAAGGAAAAUUACACAGAAGUCAAAGUAACUUGAAGAAUGAGUAAAUUUAUGAAGAAAAGAGAAUUUUUAACAGAGGGAACAGCAAAUGCAAAGCAGAAACGAAACACUGCAGCAGGAAAAAGGGUAAGGAAUAAAGAACGCUGAGAGGUGAAGCUGAGACGUGGAUUGCAAAGGAGCUUCAACAUGUCAGUAGCUGUUGUGGCUCACAGUACCUGUGCCUGGGGUAAACAGGAACCCAUCUGUGCAUCCACCCACUCAGCAGAUGAACAGCAAGGUGUGCACAGCAGCUCCGAAGUAACAGAAUUAGCCCAGUUCAGUACAAUGGCACAUGAAAAACCAGAUUUGCACAUUUUGGGGGAGGGAGAAAGUGAGUCAUCAGGUGACUCGUACACUGAUGAUGAUGAUGACAUUGACAUUGACCAUUUGAGCCAAAGAUCCCACAACAGUGAAAUGGAGCAAGAAUUGAGUGAUACAGACACUGGGAAUGCAGACGUCCUUGAUUCAGAUGAUGAAGGAAACAUCAAUGUGAGGACAUACUUGACUAGUCAGAAUACAACAAAAUGGUCACGCGUGCCUGAACAAUCCAAUGUUAGAACUAAGUCCGAAAGUACCAAGUUCUUGGCAGGAGUGAAACCCAUUGGACGGAAUGCCAGCACUGCGAUUCAGUGUUGGAAAUUGAUUGUCACAGAUGAUAUGCUACAAGAUGUUGUGAAACACACAAAUACUGAAAUACAACUAAAACGAUCUAUGUGCACCAAUAGUCACACUCAAAAAUGUGUUUAUUAUAACACCUCACUCUCUGAACUGAAGGCAUUCAUAGGUCUGCUGUACUUGGCAGGGCUUUCUCAUGCCAAUCGCAGCAAUGUAAAGGACUUGUGGAGAAGUGAUGGGUGUGGGCUUGAGGUUUGCAGAGUAACAAUGACUCUGAGGAGAUUUGGUUUCCUUCAGAAUUGUCUGAGGUUUGAUGACAAAACCACCCGCCAGGAAAGAAAAAGAACUGAUAAUCUGGCUGCUAUCCGCUCAUUGUUUGAGAAUUUUGUGUCAAACUGUCAAGCAGUUUACACACCUUCCAAAUACAUGACUAUUGACGAACAGCUUGCAGCCUUUCAUGGUCGCUGCAGCUUUAAGCAGUGUUUGCCAAAUAAGCCUUCAAAAUACGGCAUAAAAAUGUAUACCCUGGUAGAUGCAAAGACGUACUACACUUUCAAUUUAGAAAUUUAUCCUGGAACUCAGCCACCAGGUCCUUAUUCAUGCAGUAAUAAACCAAAUGAUGUUGUUAACAGACUCGUUGCUCCUAUUUCCCAGAGUAAUCGGAAUGUGACGUUCGACAGUUGGUUUACCAGUUACCCGCUGAUGUUGCAUUUGCUAAGAGAGCACCAGCUGACCAGUGUAGGAACUAUACGCAAGAACAAAGCAGAAAUUCCCAAUGAAAUGUUGCAGCUUCGAAACAGAGAAUUGUAUAGUACAAUCUUUGGAUUUCAGAGAGACAUAACAUUGGCUUCUUAUAUGGCAAAGAAAAACAAAGUGGUACUACUGAUGUCAACAUUGCACCAUGAUGGCAGUAUUGAUAAAGAUACCUCGACACAAAUGAAGCCGGAGAUAGAAACUUUUUACAACAAAACCAAAGGUGGAGUUGAUGUUGUUGAUGAGUUAUGUAGCAACUAUGAUGUCACUCGAAACACAAAGCGUUGGCCAAUGAUUGUGUUUUAUUCCAUCCUAAACAUGUCUGGCAUAAAUAGUUUCAUAGUUUACAAAGAAAAUAACAAGUGCAAAAUAUCACGAAGAAAUUUUCUUAGAGGAUUGGGACUGGAGCUUAUAAGGGAACAACUGCAGCAGAAGAAAGACAAGAUGUUUCUGCCCAAGGAACUACGCAAGACAGAUUUAAUGGAGCUGGCAAGUGAACAGGCUGGUGCAACAUCACAAAGACUUACUAGGGCAGUAGAAAAACCAAAAAGAUGUCAUCUAUGCCCUAAAAAAAAGGACAGGAAAACAAAACAUGUGUGCUAUCAGUGUAAGGGAUACUUGUGUAUGGAACACGCGGUGCUGGUGUGUGAAGACUGCCUUGGGUGUGAUCGUUGAAGCAAAGCUUAUUUCUGUGCUAAACUUUAGUUUGUAUUUUCAUUGUAACUCACAGAGAAAUUUAUUUCCCUUGUUUUUAGGCUUUAUAAGCAAGUGCACAGCUAAUGUGAAAAUGUUGGUGGGUAUUCUAAAUACUCAUUACAGUUCUUUAUAUGUUCUAGAUAUUAAUCCUUUGUCUGAAAAACAACUGGCUAAAAAUUUUUCCCAUUCUGUAGGCUGUCUUCACUUGUUGAUGGUUUCUUUUGGUAUGCAAAAGGUUUUUAAUAAGGUGAAAUCCCAGUAGUUGAUUCUUUGUAGUACUUCCCAUGCAAACAGGGUUUUGUUCAUGAAAUCUUUGCUUAUACUUGUGUCUCCAAGAGUUCUAACUACUCUGUAUUCCAGCAGGCUAUAGUGUUUGUUUUAAAAUUUAGAUCUUUGAUCCAUUUUGACUUUAGGGUAGUGCAUGGUGAGAGACAUGGAUCUCUAUCUGCAGCAUGUGCACAGCCAGUUUUUCCAGCACUGUUUAUUAAAGGGGCUGUCUGUCUUUCUUCCAGUGAACGUGUUUGGCUCUUUUGUCAAAAGAAAGGUGGAUGAGUGUGUUUGGAGUUGUUUCUGCAUGCUCUGAUCAGUUCCAUUGAGCCUCUGAUCUGUUUUUCCCAGUACCAUUCUGUCUUUAUCACAGUAGUUCUGUAGUGUAAUUUCAAGUCAGGAACUGUGAUUGCUCUGCCUUGGCUUUGUUGCCCAGAACUGUUUUUGCUAUUCUAGGUUUCUUGUGGUUCCAAAUGAAUUUUAGGAAUGUGUUCUCUAAUUCUGUGAAAUAUGCUAAUGGUAUUUUGAUGGGGAUCACAUUAAAUGUAUAUCACAAUUUUGGAAGUAUGGCCAUUUUCACUAUGUAGUUCUUCGUUUCCAUGAGCAAGAGAUAACUUUAGUUUUUAGUCUCCCUUUUUAGAGAACUGUAGUUUUCAGUAGAGAUUUCUUACUGUGUUAGAUUGAGUCCUAAGUAUCUCGGUUUUUUUUCAAUACUAUUGUGAGUAGUGUUGUUUUCUUAAUUUCUUUCUCAGCUCCAAAUAUGGGCAUCUGGGAUGAAUAUACACUUCUCAGAUGAAGAAGUACAUACAGCAAGUAAAUAUAUGAAAAAAUGUUUAACAUCACUGGUCAUUCAAGAGAUGCAAAUUAAAAAAACACUGAGACUCCAUCUCAUUCCAGAAUAGCUACUAUCAAGAAAUCAGCCAGGUGUGAUAGCACACUCUUGUAAUGCCAGCACUCGGGAGGCUAAGCCAGGCGGAUCAUUGCAAGCUCAAGACGAGCCUGGGCUAUAAAGUGAGCUCAAGACCAGCCUGAACCGCAUAAUGAGACCCUGUGUCAAAAAGACACAAGAAAAAAAACAUUAACCAAUAACAAAUGGUGGAGAGGCUGUGGGGAAAAGGAACGCUACUCCAUUGCUGGUGGGAGUGUGGACUGGUGCAGCCACUAAGGAAAUCAGUGUAAAGAUUCUAGGACUAGAGGUCCCAUUUGACCCAGCUAUUCCCCUCCUUGGUAUCUUCCCAAAAGAAUGAACAGCAUCACACCACAGUGAUGUAUCAUACCCAUGUUUAUAGCAGCACAGUUAUAAUAGCUAAAUUACAGUUGUAAUAGCUAAAUUCUUGGAAACAGCCCAUCAACCCAUGAAUGGAUGAAAAAUGUGGCUUUUUAAAACAAUGUAGUACUACUCAGCCUUAAAGAAGGAUAAAUUUCAGACAUUUUGAAGUAAAUAGAUACAUCUUGAGACCAUACUCCUAAGUGAAAUAAAUUGGACACACAUGUAAAUCCCACAUUGUCUCUGUGCUUUGAGAAACUGAAAGUGUAAAUAAGAACAAAGUGAGAAAAGAAGGAUAAAUGUAAACAAAGCUUUGUAAAUAAGGAGAGAAUGAGGGGUUGAAGGGAGGGAAGGGUACAGGGGAAAAAAGAAACCAAGAUCAUGUCCAGGUACAAAUUCCCUAUGAUGAAUAUCAUCAUUACGUAUAUCUAAAUUGUACCGAUAAACUUAACUAAAUAAACUCAUUACAUAUUAAAAAUUUAAUACUUUAUUGACAUUUUCCUGUUAAAACUCAAAAUUAAUUCAUUGAAGCAAGCACCUCCCCUCCCUGGUAAGCAGUGGUGGUCUGGCAAACUGCGGCCCUUCCAGGGGGAGAACCAGCAGCAGCUCCUGAGAUCCACGCCGUGUUGUAACUUAGGAUGCUGUGAAACCAAACCACCACUCUGCCUCCUUGCUAAGCAAUAGUGAACCUACUGAUGCUGAUGCAAGGCCUAGAGCCAAAUAUCCCAUUCCCCUAUCCCCCUUCCCUCCCGCCCCCACCGCCCAUUAGCAAAUGGGAACCAGAAAUCUGAGCAUCUCCUGGGAGGUUGACAUAGCAAAUAAGGGGGACUUCCUUCUACCGUCUCUUUGAAGGCAAAUAUUUUUAUUACUGUUUUUCUCUCUUCUGAUUAAUGGUACUGCUCUAUUCAGUAUUCUGUUUUAAUAAGUUCUGUAAUGUUCUAUAUUUCAUCUCAUCUUGAUAUACGUGAUUGAAAGAAGAACUAUUAUAAAGAUAACAAAAUAUACUGUGAUAUCUGUUACUGUUAUCCCGGUAACCUGCUCUGAAGUUCUGUACCAAUUUCACUGUACGAUCUUAGUUGGCUUUAUUCUGUCUUGUUCUAUUGUAUACUUUCAAAAUAAAAUUUAAAAAAAAUUCAUCAACAGAAAUGCUUCUAAAAAAAACAGGCAUUAUAUGCCCCAUAAUGCGCCUCUCAAAAAAAUUUGUUAACCACUUACCAGUCCAAUUAUUUAAAUACAAAAUGGCCAAAAAUUGCAUAUUUUCCUCUUUGAUUUUUACAAGAUAACAGGAAAUAUAACAAUGACAGUUAAGUUUAUUCCAUGCAAGAAUCAACCUGCUGAAAUGCAGCUGCCUGAGUGAUGUUCAGGACAAUCAGGACGUAAGCAGAUGCGCUGCCUGGGUGACACCCAGGGUAAACUGGCCACAGGAGACCAGCUGUCUAAGUCUGGCUCCAAUACUGUAACCCAGCGAUGGCAAACUUUCAGAGCUAUCCAUCGAUUCCAACAGCCCACUGCAGCACAGUGCCGUAGGUUCGCCACUACUGGUCUAAACUUGUUGUGUCUUCCAUUUCUCAGUACUUAAAUUUUAGCCACAAAAAAGCAGUUCCCUAUCCUGACUUCCUUCAUAAAGAUCCCAAUUGUUAGUUCAUCUCAAAAUGAGUUAAGGGCUAACUCAGAGUAAGAUAGGCUUCAGCUGUAAUUCUCAUUCUUCAGAGCCAGACAUUUGGAGUGACAGAAAGCUAAUAGUGACCUCUUCUUUCACUUCUAAAAAUAAAACCACUAAUUUUGAAAUAACAAGUUCUUCACUGCUUGUGAGGGCAAGAAACAUUGCUUGUUCAUCUCUUAGGCAUGGGACAUGACACUGGGUGCUAGAAAAAGUCAGAGGCGACUGGAUUAUGUUCUUUGUUCUUCAAAAAGCUCCUGCUGUAGCAGGGGAAACAAAAAUAGAACUAGGUGCUGACGGCAGGGUGCUGAGGCUGUGGAAGGUGGCUAAGCACGGUGAAGAUGACCAGGGUGGGAACAUGAGGGGACAUGGCAGAGGCUCACAGGUAACACUGAGUAAAUGCUCAACUUGCCAGGCUCUGCUAAAUGGCUCACGUGCAUUUUGUCGUGCACGUACACCCAUCGCUCAUACAAGUGUGUCAGUGUUUUUAAUCUGCAUUUUACAUAUGGAACAACUGAGGCGUGGAGUAGAAGAUAACUUGCCUCAGAAUGAGAGGCCUCCUUGCAGAGCAGGACUUCGCUCAGGAGUCUAAAUGAGUGUAAGGUUAGUUUUAACCAGCAUGUUAACCUACAUCCUGUCAAAGAGACACUGAGUCUUCCAGAUGAGUAGAACGUUUUCACCAGAUGAGGUGGCACAUACUUAAUCCCAGCCCUUGGUAGACUGAGGCAGAGCAUCACUGUGAGUUCAAGGCAAACCUGGACUACAAAGUAGGACCCGGUCUCAAAAAAGGAAAGAGGUUGUCACGCAAAGGAUGUUAACCAGAUGGAAAGGAAACUAUGUAGAGACAGAAGGAACAGGGGUGGAGGGUGGAAAUAUAAUCAGAAUUACCAAAGCACAGGGUCCAUUUGAGUAUUUGAAGAUGAAAUUGGAAAGGGCCCCUUAAGGGUGGAUCCUUUUAGGAUAGGCAUAUCACAGGUGCAUUAAAGAGCUGCCUUAAUGACUUUUCUCUGAUUACUAAGACGCAAUACCCAAUGCCCAGAGCUAAGGGAAGAAAGGUUUAUUUAGCUCACGGUUUUUGGAGGUUUCAGUCCAUAACCUGCCGGCUCCAUGGCAGAGGGGCAACAGUUCACAGCAGCAGAAGACAGCAAAAGCAGAAGAGAAGACAGAGAAGCCUCUUUGUCUUGUAUACUGUAUGUAGGCGACCUGCCUGGGGUGGGUAUUCUGCUCACACUCAUAAUGUUAGCAUUGGAUCACGAAUCAACCAAACUUCAGCAACCUCUGAAAAGCCCAAUCCCCAUGACUGCAUGAUACACACCAUAGCAAGAAAUUUUUUGAAUUUUGAGUUAGAAGUCAAACAGAAGAUUUACAAGAAUAAAACUAUUGCAAAGGAACUCAUACGCCCUGACUCACCUGUUAACCUCCUGCCACACCUGCUGCACCGUUUGUAGCUGUUACCUAUAUGUAGACAUAAUUUGGAGCUCCUGAAGAGCAGUUACCCACAUCGUGAUCCUUUACUGUAUUGGGGAUAUAGUUCUUAAGACAGGGUAGCUUUCUUACACAACCACAGUAUAGUCAUCAGCUUUAAUAAAUUUAAUAUAAGGACACUUCUAUCUACCCUCGUCUGUAUGCCAAUUUAAUUAGCAGACUCAGUAACGUCCUUACAGAUAUUUUUCUUUCCUGCAGCCUAGGUUCAGGUAUUGCAUUUAGUCACCACUUACUACUUUUUCUUUUAAUACAGCCUACUGAGCUAUGUGUAUCAUAAAAUUUGCUCAUUCCAAGUGUACAACUCGGUGCUCUUUCUUGGUAACUUGAUUGAAUGGUAUAACCAACCCCAGUAAGUGGGAGUGGCACACGAGUGUCUGCCGUUUACUUGCCUGAACUGCACUGUGGGCCACCCAUCAGAUGUGUAACACACUCAGUGCAUUAGCUUCACCAUCACGUUCCCCGCCACCCACACCCACAGUUUACAGGAGAGCUUUACAUGGCUCUCGUUUUCAGGGCAUCCAGUCCAUGGUCAGCUGGCUUCACAGCAAAGACAUCACCGUGGAAGGCUUGUGUUUAACUUUCUGAACGACCACAAAACAGUUUCCAAAAUGACUACACCAGCAACGUAGGAUUCCAUGUUCCCCACAGCCUCACCAACACCUGUUAAUUUCUCUUAUAACCAUCCUAGCAAGUGUGAAAAGGUACACUUGGUGAGUUUUCCUAAUUUCUACUGAUGUUGAAUAUCUUUUCAUCUAUUAGCCAUUCAUAAAUCUUUUUUUUUUUUUUUUUUUUUUUUUUUUUGUAUCAAGGAUUGAGCUUGGGACCUCAUGCUUGCCGGGCAGGCACUUAAGCCACUGAGCUAAAUCCCUGGCCCUCAUACUUCUUUAUUAAAAUCUCUCCUUACACUAUUACCCCCCCCUCUAAGGCUCAUACUGCCUUUUCUGUAGUAAUUUUAAUAACAUUCACCAUAUAUUUUAGUCAUAACUAGUAUGUGUUUAUGCCAGUCCUACAUAAUUUAAAUUACAUCUUUGUAAUAUAUUUUGAAAUUAAGAGGAGUCAUGCUUCCAAACUUAUCAGUUUUUUUUUUUUGUCUUUUUCCUUUUUAUCGGUACCGGGGAUCGAACUCACGACUGCCUGCUUGCAAGGCAGGCGCUUAUGCCGCUGAGCUAAAUCCCCAGCCCCAGACUUAUCAUUCUUACUCCAGACUGCUUUUACUAUUUGGGAUCUGCUCCAGUUCCAUGCGUUUUAGAAUUUGUCUGUACUUGUAUAGAAUGCCAUCAGGAUUUUGUUAGAGUUGCAUUGAAUUGUGAUCACUUUGUAGACUAUGAUUGUUUUAUUGUUGUUAAUACAUGUUUGCAAUACAUAAUAAAUACAUUCACAUGGGAAAUAUUUUACUAUUCUUACCAUCCAUGAACAUGGGAUAUCUUUUUAGUGUCUUUAAUUUCCUUCACUGAUGUUUUAUAACUUUCAGUAUUAAAGUCUUUUACCUCUUUGGUUU